AUGUCUGCUCAAGCCCCGCACAACACUCUCCUGAUCCCGGGUCCCAUCGAAUUCGAUGAUGCCGUUCUCCAGUCCAUGUCCCAUUAUGCUGAGAGCCACGUUGCCCCCGGAUUCGUCAAGGUCUUUGGUGAAACCCUGACUCUCGUCCGCAAGCUCUUCCAGUCCACCGACCCCGCCGCACAACCCUUCAUCAUCGCCGGCAGCGGCACCCUCGGCUGGGAUAUCGUUUCCGCCAACCUGAUCGAGCGUGGCGAGAAUGCCCUCGUCCUCAACACCGGCUACUUCGGUGACUCAUUCGGCCAGUGUCUCGAGACCUACGGCGCCAACGUCACACAACUCAAGUCAGCCAUCGGCGAGCGCCACUCGCCAGAGGAAGUCGAGCAGGCCCUGAAGCAGAAGCAGUACAAGCUCAUCACCCUCACACACGUCGACACCUCGACCGGUGUCCUCGCCGACAUCAAGGGCAUCACGCAAUUGGUCCGCCGCGUCAGCCCCGACACCCUCGUCAUCGUGGACGGCGUCUGCAGCGUCGGCUCGGAGGAGAUUGCCUUCGAUGAAUGGGAUCUCGAUGUCGUCCUCACAGCCUCGCAGAAGGCCAUCGGUUGCCCUCCCGGUCUGAGCAUCGUCAUGACCUCCGCCCGUGCUAUCAAGGCUUUCGAGUCGCGCAAGACUCCCGCCGGCGCUUACUACGCUUCCAUCGCCAACUGGCUGCCCAUUAUGCGCAACUACGAGAACAACAAGCCCUCGUACUUCGCUACCCCUCCCACCCAGCUCGUCCACGCCCUGCACACCACUCUUACCCAGAUCACCGGAAACGUUGCCGCUCGCUUCGCGGUUCACGCCGAGGUCUCAAAUAAGGUCAAGGCUGCUGCUGCCGAGCUCGGGCUUAAGCAGCUCGCUUCCCGUCCGGAGGCCCAGGCUCACGGUAUGACUGCUCUCUACCUGCCUGAGGGUCUGUCCCCGCCGGAUGUGCUGCCUGGUCUGCUUAAGCGUGGGGUUAUCUUUGCAGCUGGUCUGCACAAGGAGAUUGCCACCAAGUAUAUUCGAUUCGGUCACAUGGGUGUUAGUGUAACUGAGUCGAAGCGGGGUGACAUUGAGAAGGCCCUGGUGGCGCUUAAGGAGGCGCUUGCCGAGGCCAAGCAGGCUAAGGGUCUGUAG